AUGAUGUUGCCGGUUGAUCAUGAUAUUGACUCAACCCAGAUGGAACUUAUUGAGCGAAAGAAUGCUAGCACACUAACUGAAAGGAACCACAAUGGAAAUAACAACAUAUCCAUCACAGACCCUGCUGAUGAUGACUUGCCAACUUACACAGCUCUCUCUAAUGAUGGCUACGAUAAUCAUGCUGAUCGGUUGGCAGAUAUUCAUCUUGACAUCUACAGCGAUGACGAAGACUGCAAUGCCACCAACAUCAUCACCACCAUGAACAACAAUACCAACAGUGAUAAUCAAGAAGUUUUGCCACUUCCAACCAGGAUCAACAAGGAUACUCUCAUUAGUAUCUUAAAGGAGAGGAACCUGGUUACUCUUGGUGAUCAUGGAGGAUUCGAAGGAAUUGCAGCUUCUCUUGCAACCAAUUUGGAGAAUGGAAUUUCACCUGAAGCUGAAGAUCUUCAACUUCGACAAGCUGAAUAUGGAACAAACACUUACUUGCUGGAGUCGGCCGAUCCUUCUAAAAGCUUCUUCCACUUUCUUUUUAGGGCCUGCAAAGAUUUCACAAUUAUCUUGCUGUUAUGUUGUGCAGUAAUAUCUCUUGGGUCUGGUCUCAAGGAAGAAGGCCAAAAAAAUGGAUGGUACGACGUGACAACUCUAUUAAUCACCGUCUUCAUAUUAGUAUCUGUAACUUCAUUCAGAAACUACUUCAGUUUUCGAAAGUCACAGAAGCUAGUUAACAAGAGUAAACUUGAGAUGACCAAUGUACUAAGGCAGGGACUUCUGCAAGAAGUUUUUGUUUCUGAAGUGUUGGUCGGUGAUUUGGUGCUCUUGAGGUCUGGAGAUUGGGUUCCUGCUGACGGGUUAUAUUUGAAUGGUGACAAUUUGAAGGUGGACGAUGGUAUCUUGCAUCACAAAUUGACAAUUAGUCAUGUUCAGAACCCAUUUUUAUACUAUGGUGCAAAGGUGAUUCAUGGGUCUGGUCAAAUGCUUGUUAUAUCAGUAGGCAUGAACACGACAAUGGGAGAAAUGAUGAGCAAAUGCUUAAUUCUUCUGGUGUUGCUCUUGCGUUACUUUCAAGGGAAAAAAGAUGAUGAAACUGGUUACCCGGAUCAAAUUAGCAAAAAAACUGCUGCUGACGAGUUGAUGAAAGCUGUGGAGAGAUUCGUUACAAGGCCACGAGGAAUAUUUGCUAGCCUGGCAAACGUGUUUGCAGUUUUGCUGGUGGGGUUGCAUGAAGGGUUGCCAUUAGUCGUCAGUCUAUCACUCUCGUACUGGAAUGAUAGAACAUCAAAAGAUCAUCAGGUUAUAAUUUGUGAAUCAUCUGGAGGUACCACCUUGGGUUCGAUGACGAGUUUCGUAAUCAAUAAAGCUACAUUGAACCAGAUGAAGGUAGACGUAUUCUGCAUUGGUGAGGAAAUUACUGGCGGAAAUAAUGUCCCUGUCAUAUCUCCUGAGGUUGUUGAGAUGAUUUGCGACGGGGUUGGUGCAGCAAUUCUUGAGUCUGGUGCAUUAUCUGGUCCGAUGGAGGAUCCACUCCUAAUUCCUUGGGCUGAGUUGAACUUAGGAGUUGAUAUGGAGCAAUUGAAACAAAGUCGUAGUGUACUAAUUAGUUCAUCCUUUGGUUCUGACAGCAAAAAAAGAGGGUCAUUGAUGAGGAAGAAUGAAGGUGCCAGAGAAACACUUCAUCUGCAUUGGAGAGGAUCUGCAGAGACUAUUCUGGAAAUGUGCUCUGAAUACUAUAAUAUUGAUGGGAUAAAAAAUGUCCUGGAUGAUGGAAAAAGAGAUGGGUUUCGUCAAUUUAUUAAGGAUAUGGAUAACAAAGGUCUCUUGUCCAUUGCUUUCGCUUACAGCACAAUAACUGAAGGCGCCGAGGAUGAUGGUGUUAACGAAAAGGUUAUGAUUACAGAAUUGCGUGAAAAUAACUUGAUCUUGUUGUUACUUUUGGGUGUGAAGUACCCAUGUUGUCCAGAGGCGAGAAAGACGGCUGUGGAUGCUUUACGAAAUGCUGGCGUUAGCAUCAAACUUGUAUCUGCAGAGAGCUUGGCAGUGGUGAAACCCAUAGCUAUUGAAUAUGGAAUUUUUGUCCCUGAGAAGGACUUAAAUGCUAUUGUGCUCGAAGGUGAAGACUUCAGAAAUUUCACCGCUGAGGAGAGGAGGGAAAAAGCAGAUAGGAUAACCGUGAUGGGCAGUGCAAGUCCUUCAGACAAGCUACUCUUGGUACAGAGCUUACAUCAAAAAGGUCAAGUGGUUGCAUUUAUGGGAACCAGAACGGUUGAACUUCCAGCUCUAAGAGAAGCAGAUGUAGGUCUUUUCAUGGGGACAAACAACUCUGCAAUGACAAAAGAAAGUUGCGAUAUUAGUAUUCCGAAUGGCAAUUUCGCUUCUAUUGUUAAAGUCUUGUUGAUUGGAAGAUCUAAUUACCAAAACAUUCGCAAGUUCCUCCAGCUUGAGCUCACCACAAACAUUUCAGGAAUCCUUCUGACCUUUGUCACAACUGUCUUCCAAGGCGACACUCCAAUAACACCACUCCAGUUGUUUCUGGUGAACUUAACGGUGGGAACUCUGGCUGCAUUGGCUAUGUUGACAGAGGCACCAACUCAGGAAUUGCUGGAAAUGCGACCAAUAAUUCAGACUCAACCUAUUAUAACCAAGUCUAUGAGGAGGAAUAUAUUUGUUCAAGUGUGUUAUCAGGCCAUUGUUUUACUAACCUUUCAACUCAUCAAGGAUGGCGACAUCUUAGGAAUGGAUCGGAAAGUGAAAAAAGCCAUGGUUUUCAAUGGUUUUGUUCUAUGCUUGGUUUUCAAUCAGUUUAAUGCAAGAGCACCCGAGAAGAAGAAUGUGUUCAAGGGAAUCACCGGAAGCCAUUGGUUUCUAGUAUCAGUUGGAGUUCCUAUUAUUUUGGAGGUGUUACUAAUGGAAUUUGCAGAAAAAUUUACUGGUUUUCCAAGGCUGAACAAGAUGCAGUGGCUUGCUUGUAUCUUAUUUGCAAUCAUGUCCUGGCCCAUUGACUAUGCAGUGAAGUCUAUAUCAAGUUUCUUCGCUAAUAGGUCUAUUAUAGGUGUUCCAAGUUGUCUCAGCUCCACCGGCCCUUUACAGUCUACUCCUUCGACAUCUCUGUCUCAACUUCCAACUCCACUUAUGAAGGUGUAA